AUGGCAGACAAAAGUGGAAAAAAGUAUGUUUUUUAUAUGUAUUUCUUACAUUUUUAUACUUUUAUUUUUAAUUUUUUACUUUCAUUUAUACAAUAAUAAUAGUAAUAUAUAUGAUAUAGUGGUGGCACUGCUCUCAAUUUUACUUUUAGAUAUGGUCUUAUCUUGAAAAAGAAGCCAACUUCAGUUCAAAUGAAACCAUCAAUAUUUGGAGGUGAUGAUUCUGAUGAUGAUGAGGUAAAUUGCAGAAUAAACUGGUUUGUGUCUUGACUACUGGAAAAAAUAUCUUAACCAUGGGCCAGUGUGGAAAGUUUGUACUGCAUGCCCGAGAUAUCGGGUGCGCAAUUUUGAUGCUUUCUAUAUAUUUACUAUUAAAUUUUUGAAAUCUUGGCCGUGCAAUUUCCAAGCUUUCCAGUCAGGACCAUAUAUGGGGGUCCACUGUAGGUAAGCACAAGUCAUAAUAUUAUUCUUGAAUAUUUUCAGGAUAGCGGGAGAAAAAAUGUAAAUAUCACAAUCCGAAAAGAAGCCGAGAAAAAGAAGCAGAUGCGACAGGUGCAGAAUACUAAAUCUCUAUUUAUUUAGACAAAAAAGGGGGAUGAACAGAAGCAGAUCUACCGUUAGGGUGGGCUCCACCUUGAAGAAAACUCUGGUAUUCCAUAUUUGAGUUUUCGAAUAUGCCAGAAAAGAUUCAAUCACCAAUACGGCGGGUUACCAUAUAGAGUAGCAUUUUUUCAAUUUUUUCCCAAAGUACGAGUGCUGUAUAAAUUUAAGUAAUAAAUGUAUUGCUCAGAGUGCAGGAAAUGGCAUUUCAGGGCUUCAAAUUUAAAACAGUUUCUGAGGGUGAAUGCCCCCGGAUCCCCGUAGUAAUGCACCCCUCUCUGGAGAACCUCCACCACCUCUAACAAAUCAGGGCAGAUCUGCCUCUGGGGAUGAAAUUUUUUGUAAUCCAAAGGGUUGGAUUUGUGUUAAUUAAAUGAGUAAAAAACUGAAGGUGGUGAAAGUUAAAAAUCAAGAUGUUGAAAGUUGGUUGGAAAGGGGGAGACAUUGGUAAAGACCUGGGGACGAUUGUAUAAAAAAGUGAUUAAAGUAAACUAUAGUUAGUGAAAACGUCAUCCAAUAAGAAGCGCGUAUUUGAGAGUUAAUCACUAUUUGACUACAAAAUAGUGAUUAAAAAAGUGAUUAAGAGUUUUAUACAACCGACCCCUGGGGGGCAAUUCAGAAGGGGGGGAGGGAUAUAUGACCCAUUUCUGAACUAUGUAUGUAUUGGACCCAGACAGAUCUAAUCUCAUGUCAGUGUCUGUUCUCAAUAUCUGCAACUACAGUAUUUAUGUCAGGAUGUAACAUUAGUACCAGGACCCGGUUGUUCAAAAGCCGAUCAGCUUAAUCCUAGUUAGGUUAAUGAAAAAUUUCAAAAUGGUCUUACAACAGCUUGUUUAUAAAGUUUAACAUGGAAAUAUUUUUCAAGAAAUCUUUUCUACAUGAACACAUUGAGUCUUGAUAUAAACAGAUUUGCAAAUCUACCCAAACCAAAACAGCAGGUUAAGUUUUAUCCCAGGGUUAGCUCUACCCCAGGGGCCGGUUGUUCAAAGCUAACCCUUGGUUAAAAUAUAAUCUGCUGUUUUAGUUUAUGUAUUUCUGCACGGCUGUUUAUUUAAAAACUUCAGAGAAGAAAACUCCUACUGAUCCAGACAAGAUCUCUGAAGAAAUAUUUCCAAAUUUAUAAACAAGCUGUCAGGAAGUUUGCUUUGAAUUUUAGGUUAACCUAGGGAUAAGCUAAUCGGCUUUUGAACAACCGGCCCCAGCUUUGAAGUUUGAACAAUCGGCCCCUGUAGUUUUGUUGUAUUGGGUAACAGUGCUAAUUUCCUCACCAAUAUUAAUUCCCCUUUUCUUCUAAACAAACAUUUUGUUUAGACUCAACUUGAAAUAAAUAAAGUCCUUGAGGAAGACCCCACAGUGUAUGACUAUGACGCAGUCUAUGAUAAAAUGGCAGAAAGGAAAGCAAAUAUAUUGGCUGCUAAAACUGCUAAAGCUGACAAAAAGGUAUGUGAUCAUCCAUUCAUAUUAAUUUGUUGACCACACACAGCAUAUUUAUCAAAACAGUUAGUUUCGACUAAUAACAUGUUUUAGUAAAUUUUUAAAAAUCAAAAAGUGCCCCAAACCACUCCAAACUUUCUGAGGGUAUUAAAAUAUGAAUUGGAGAUGGAACACAUUGUAGUGACAAUGGUGUUAAAUGGUAUUUUUACUUUUUAAAAGCCAAAGUACAUCAGCAAUCUUUUAAAAUUUGCUGAAGUGAGGAAGAAAGGUGAAGAACGACGGGUUGAACGACAAGUACAGAAAGAGCGAGAAGCCGAGGGAAAUGAGUUUGAAGAUAAAGACGCCUUUGUCACAUCUGCGUAUCCUUUUGGAACGAAAAGCUACAGAUAGCUAGUUGUUACAUGUAGUGAGGCUUUGCGCUAUUGUGGAGCAGAAUCAGGUUGGCUGGCUGUUAUCAGAAUGAAACGUAAAGUUAAUUUUUUUCAGGGGGGAAUGGUCAGUCCAAACCUCCACAUUUCAUGAGGACCUAUUUUGUAAUUAUUACUGGGGGAAUAACUUGGGUGGGGGAGGGGGGGGGUAACUCAUCUAUGACAUAAAAUGUGACUUUCAUAUAAUCCUAAAACAUGUCUAAAAUGUGUGAAAUAUUGCCCCGCAAACCCCCAAAAUAGAAAACAAACAAAGUCCAGACUGCCCAAUAAUUGGACCCCCCUGCUCACACUGGUUUGGGGGUGGCUUUGCCCCUGGUUCUUUUUACUUCUGUGGUUAAUUAUUUAUACUUUUUAAUAUGGGGAUGAGUAAAAAGAGAGAUUAUUGAACACGCUAUACUUUAAGUUGAGUUUGUGUGAUAUUGCAGAUAAUAUUUUGUGUCCUUAAUGUGUCCAGUUAUCGACAAAAGAUGCAAGAAAUGGCAGAGGAGGAAGAACGUCAGAGAAAACGCGAUGAAAGAGAUGGUACUAAACACCCACUUCUAAACCAGUUUUGUGUACUAGCUGCCUUUUAUGUGAGACAAUUUUACUUGUCAAUGAGAGGCUAUGUGCACAUUUGACAACACUUGGGUAUAAUAGCAAUAAUGACAUAUUCCCUUCCUUUCAGGUGAUGUCACAAAACAAGCUGACCUGACUAAGUUUUAUCGAAAUUUGUUGGACAGAAAUGUCUCGACCGGAGGUACGUUUGAUACCGAACAACAUACAGAGGCUCACAAAGACAACACAAAGAAAUCACGACUCUCUCCGAGUGGGGAAAAGAAAGAAGGAAAUAAUAAGAAGACUGAAAGAUCAGAAAGAACUUCAGAGAAUGAAAGGAAACGAAGAGAUUACAGGCAGAGUGAAGGUAAGAUGUAGUGUUAGUUUUCCAUGCGAGAUACUAACUUCCCGGGUCUAGACGUCGAAGUUCUCCUGGUAUUUUUCAGGUAGUCGCAUCCGUAUCAAUCCACAGCUUUCUGAUCAUAUAACAUGUUUAGCAAUGAUCGAUCAAGUCCAAUGAUUUGUUUAAUUAUUUAGGAAGACUUGGGCAAACUGAGCAACCCAGUUGCAAAAACAUUGUUCCCUAGCCUGUUGAUCAAGUCCAAUGAUUUGUUUAAUUAUUUAGGAAGACUUUGGCAAACUGAGCAACCCAGUUGCAAAAACAUUGUUCCCUAGCCUGUUGAUCAAGUCCAAUGAUUUGUUUAAUUAUUUAGGAAGACUUGGGCAAACUGAGCAACCCAGUUGCAAAAACAUUGUUCCCUAGCCUGUUGAUCAAGUCCAAUGAUUUGUUUAAUUAUUUAGGAAGACUUUGGCAAACUGAGCAACCCAGUUGCAAAAACAUUGUUCCCUAGCCUGCGGCCGCAGGUUCAAUUCCUGCCAGAGAACCUCUAGUUGUAUUUUUCACAACUGCUCCUGAUUGGGUCUCAUAAAUGUAUAUAAUUCACACUUGAAAUCCAUCAACAAAACCAUUCUAAAAUACAAAUACAACAGUAACUCCAAAUAAAGUAAGCAUUUUGAUUCAACGUUUCGACUUUAUUUAUAGUCAUCAUCAGAUUCACUUAGUCGUCAUCAUCAUCUGAUGAUGACUAAAUAAAGUCGAAACGUUGAAUCAAAAUGCUUACUUUAUUCGGAGUUACCGUUGUAUUGUAUUUUAUGAAAAUACUCAGUGGUUCCCGCAAUUAAAACCCUUCUACAAUUAGUUCUAUCAAGACGCCAAAAAUCCUCCCCAUACACCUAGGUGUCAGUGAAAGCCACCUGUUUUCCAUCUUGUUGUUUUAGACAAAACGUCCAGGGACAGACAUGGCCGUCGGCAAGACAAACAUACAGAUCAUGCACAGGAUAAACAGAAAACAUACAAAGAAACCGAGCAGAAUAAACCUCGCAGAGAGGACGACAAAACACGAGAGAAACCUACACGAGAACACGAUGAACACAAGUGUCAACAUGAUGAACAACAUCACAAUAAACCAAGACACAAAGAACGAAAAUACGACCCAGAGCAUAUCCCACAGCAGCAAAACACAGAAGAAAACGAAAAACAGGAAAUGGAAGAAAACAAAAAACACGAAAUGGAAGAAAACGAAAACCACGAAACGGAAGAAAAGGAAAAACAGGAAACUAGAAAGCGCUCAAAUGAGGAAGCAAGCUCAGACAAAAGUUCAGGAAAUUCUGAGAAUACUGAAAUAGAAAAGACAGAAUCAGCAUCAGGAGGAAAGGAAGAGAAGUCCACAGUGAACAAAUUUGCAAAACAUUCAUCUACUGAAACAGUCAUGUCAGCCAAAGAGAGAUAUUUAGCUCGUAAGAAAACCAGAGUUGUUGUCGUACAAGCUGGUUCAGAUGAUGAGAAUUAG